UAGACCAGUGCUGGGAUUAAAGGUGUGUGACACCCCCACGUCCCCAGAAUUUCGAGUUGUGUCACCAUGCCUUGCUUAAGAAUCCUGGACUUGAGGAGUCUCCGUUCAGGGAACCGGUGUUGGACGCCAAAUCCGAGGUCACCUGCCAGCUUGUAGAUUUUCAGUGGAAACUGGGCAUGGCUGUGAGCUCUGACCGCUGCAGAUCCCUCAAGUACCCGUAUGUGGCAGUGAAGCUCAAAGUGGCAGAUCCUUCUGGCCAAGUAAACACCAAGUCCAUCGAAAUGACAAUCCCACAGUUUCAGAAUUUCUACAGACAAUUCAAAGAAAUUGCCGCUGUCAUUGAAACUGUGUGAGGACUGAUUCCGAAGUAAUGGACUCUACCUUCCAGAAAAGAACUGCAUAUGGAUGAAAGAUAUUUAUGCAAUGAAAAGUGCACUUCUGGGGCUCAAUAGGUGGCUCAGAGGUUAAGAGCAGUGGUUGCUCUUCCAGAGGACUCAAGUUCAAUUCCUGGUAACCACAUGAUAACUCACAACUGCCUGUAACAUCAGGACCAGGGAAUCCUACAAACUCCCACAGACGUCUAUGCAGGCAAAGACAAAUGGGUAGAAAACUAAAAAUUAAAAGAAUUUCACUUCCCAAUUUUUUUCCCAGUUUUAAAAAAAAUUGAUAAACUCAAAUUUUUCAGUGGUCACCAAUGCUCUUUGCCUUUUCAAUGAGCUAAAAGUGUCUGUGUCGAAUACUAAUAUAUGUAUGUGUAAUGAUAUCUCAACAGAU